UUCACUCCUGUCCCUGUGAAGAGUGAAGAAGACGAUGAAGAGAAACCUCAGUCCUCACAGCUUCAUCAUGCUGAAGAGAACAGAGACUGUGGAGGACCAGAAACAGCCACUGACGACAGUACGUCAGACUCCUCUGAGCCAGAGAGCGACGACAGCUGGGACUGGGAGGACACCAGAGAGCGCCGGUUGCGUGACGAGGAAGGACCUGUGAGGAUUAUGGAGUGUAACACCGGAGACACCUCGUUCAGCUCCUCUGAAUGUGCGAUGAGCUUCGGCUACAGGGUGUACGUGCAGGAGGACAGCGACGUCCCCACUGAGGAGAAACACUUCAGCUGCUCAAUCUGUGGGAAGAGUUACACCCGGGAGGAAUCGUACAGCGCUCACAUGAGACUGCACUCAGAAGGAGAACAUUUCAGCUGCUCCGUCUGUAAGAAAACUUUCAAACAGAGAGGGAACGUCGUCACGCACAUGAGGAUCCACACGGGAGAGAAACCCUUCAGCUGUCCUUUCUGCGAUAAAGGAUUUGCCCGGAGCUCCACUCUGACCUCACACAUACGGGUUCACACGGGAGAGAAACCGUUUAGCUGCUCAGUCUGUAAAGCCAGCUUCAGCGUCGGGAGCAAACUGUCCAAACACAUGAGAAUCCACACGGGGGAGAGACCGUUCAGCUGCUCCGUCUGCGGGAAGACAUUUGCACGAAAGGAACAUCUGACGCAGCACUCGAGUGUCCACACAGGGGAGAAGCCCUUCAGCUGUUCAGUGUGCGGGAGGAGAUUUCGAGAUAAGGGAACUCUGACGCGACACUCGACCGUUCACACGGAGGAGAAACCGUUCAGUUGUUCCGUUUGUGGUAAAACGUUUCGAGAAGGAGGGAAUCUGAGCCGCCACCUGAGAGUUCACACGGGAGAGAGACCGUUCAGCUGCAGCGUGUGCGACAGGAGAUUCACUCAGCUGCACAUCCUGAAGAAACACAAGUGUACCGGAGAGAGCAGCGGAGGUAAAUAAAGGUCACUGAGGCGGUUUGUUCCAGGAGGAGAGACGCACUGACCAUUCACAGCUGACAGAACAACUUCUGCUCCAUGUGAUCAUCUAAGGGGCCAGUGUUCCUUUGGUGGACUGUCUGUACAUAUAAAUUCAAAGGUAACGAGAACACAGCGGUUUAUAAUUGUAGUUGAUUAUACACUAAUAAAACUAAAACAUACUUUUAUUUUACAUUCUUGCCACAUUCUGGACCCUUAAUUCUGUUUUUAUUUCUGUAUAACAUCGGCUGCACAUACUUUAUUCCAGCUACCCAGCAGUUGGGUCAGCAUUAGUGACUCAACUUUCCUCUAAAUAACAUAAUUUAUUUCUGUUUUAGUUCCUCCGGGAAGCUGCAAACAAUUAACACAAAUUCAACCUUGAAUUCUGCACAGUCUCACAGUUACUGUCCAAUCACUGCAACCUCAGAUAUAACCAAUCACUGGAACCAGCUGCCUUCCAUCAUUCAAUAUUCAUUUCUCCUGAAGACUUUAGACAGGAAUCCUCUGGAAACUGUCAGUUACUGAGAAACAUCAGCAAUGUGUUGAUUUAUCAUCUGGAAAUGGUUCAUUUAUUGAUCGUCUGUGGCAUCAAGUGUAAAUAAUCAGUGUGUGAAAUAAACUGUGAGCCUCCAACCA